AUGGUGGAGAGAAGGAGGCCUUUGGUGCUUUCUUCCACCAAAGCUCUCGUUAAUUCGGUGCUCAGUUCAUCCAGAACCAAGGGAGGAGAUGGAAUUGAAAGAAGUGACCAGCUAUCUGCCGAUUUCACAUCGCAGACGAUACAGUUACAGGCCGGGGUUCUUCUGUUAUCGAAGGAACGAACGGAGAAUUCGCAUCGUUCGGAUGUAGCUUCUCUCGACGACUCUGCUUUGGUUGGGCUAUCAACGUCUGUUCUCAAAAGAUUGUCCAUAACUUCAGGCUCAUUGAUACUUGUCAAGAACGUUGAGACCAAUGUACAGAGAAUUGGCCAAGCAAUUGUUCUAGAUCCUCCCAACAUCCAUGAAGACACGCCCAACAACGGAUUGCACUUUUCACAAUUGUCAGAGACCAUGCUUGUUUUUCCUUCAUAUAGUUUCCCUCAAACUAGCUAUGCGCCGUUGGAUGUGGAAGCUGCCUAUCUGUCUCCACUCUUGGUAUUUAACCUUAACUUGCAUGUGUCAUGUUUGAAAUCUCUCGUUCACCAAGGGAAAGGGACACUGGCAACUUUGUUUGAAGGUCAAGAGGAUUAUGAAACAAAUGGGAAAGGGGGAAAAGCCUCUGUCGUCAGUUUAGCCCUUGAACCGUGGGCUCAACUGCCAAGAUAUGCCUCACACUUGAGGGUUUCAUUUGUGAAGAUACCAGAUUGUGGUUUCCUUGAAUCUCUCAAAGGGAGUUCAUCAAUUGAAGCUGAAGAUCGUCAAGAAAUGAUUGAUUUGGCAUUAAACAAUUACUUUGCAAUAGAUAGAUAUCUUGCUAGAGGUGAUCUUUUCAAUAUAUGCAUCAAUUGGAAUUGCAAAUCAGCUAUAUGCAUUCCUUGCAACCAAAAGAUGCAAAAUGGAAGUAAUAACGUCAUCUAUUUCAAGGUGAAUCCUGUUUUAUUUCAUUGUUGCCUGAGAUGCUCAAGGAUUGCCACAACACAACAUGCUCUCAUUAGUAAGUAG